AUGUGGUUUCAGGACGUUUGGCGUUCUGCAGUUGGGUGGGACGACCCAGUACCACCCACAAUCGAAAAGGCUUGGCGAGAUCGUCGAGUAGAGCUACAGAACUUGAAGGAGUUGAAGGUCGAUCGCUGGAUUGGAUCCGGAAUGGCCGGCUCAUUCACGGAGCUGCAAGUGUUUGCUGACGCUUCCGAACGAGCUUACGCCGCUGUGGUAUACGCCCGCACUUUGCAACCCGACGGUACUGUUGCUGUAAGCCUCAUUUCAUCGAAAACUAAGGUGGCACCGCUUAAACCCACGACUCUACCCCGCCUUGAACUUUGCGCUGCACAUCUAGCCUCGAAGUUGGUCCGAAACGUGCUGCACAGUUGGGGUAAUCUUCGCUACCCGCUAUAUGCUUGGACGGAUUCAACCAUCACCUUAGCCUGGCUACAAGCACAUCCUAGCAAAUGGAUAACCUUUGUAGCUAACCGCGUUGCCGAAACCCAAGACGUUUUGCCGCCGAAUAGUUGGCAUCAUGUAAGGUCUGAAUUGAACCCAGCUGACUGCGCGUCCAGGGGUAUAUCGCCGUCUGAUCUCCUUUGUCACAAACUUUGGUGGAACGGUCCUGAAUUUUUGAAAGGUACAGACCAGUUUUGGAAGAAAGAGUCGACAAAUCAACACGCAACCGACAUUGGCGUUCGAAACAAAGUUGCAGCAAACGUUUCAAAUUCAAACGAUUACUGGCCCGUCAUUACAAAAUAUUCGUCGUAUUUAAAGCUACGUCGCGUCAUUUCAUUCUGCUUACGAUUCGUUAGUAACAUUCGAGCAACUAAGCGUCUCGUCGAAAAACGCCAUGGUCCUCUAAGCGGGUUGGAGCUGGUCGAAGCGGAGCGCCGCUUAGUUAAAUAUACGCAAAACUUUCGCUUUGCCAAUGAGAUCUCUCACUGCAGCGCAAAAAGGCCGAUCCCGCUACGUAGUAGCUUGGUGCGUUUGCAACCAUUUCUGGACCCAACGGUAUUCUCCGUGUAG